AUGAAUGGCCGUGGCCGAGAUAGGAGGAUCCGUGAUAGGAUUAGCGCCUUGACUGAUGAAUUAAUUUCUCGUAUCCUUUCCUUCCUGUCAAUCAAGGAGGCUGUAGCUACAUCCACCCUUUCCACAAGAUGGCGCAACGUAUGGACUCUAGUACCUGACAUUGAAAUUGAUGACUACUCACUACGCGACAUUGACCAUGAUCAAUUCUACACCGUUGUCGAGAAAAUUCUCAGCCCCCCAAUGCCUCCACCCCUUGAACUCAGCAAGGUCAAAAUGGAAUUUUAUGAUCACACCUGCCCCGCCAAAAUCACCACUUUGAUCUGUGCUUCUCUAAAACGCAUUGUCAAGGAGCAGGACCUUUCUAUAUGUCCAGGUGACGAAGGAAACAGUGAAGAGGUUAACUUCCAGCUGCCCGUGGAAGUAUUUACAAAUCAGCAUCUCCAGGUUAUGAAAUUGAGCAAAGUGAAGGUUGUUGUGCCACCAGAUUCCCGCCCAUCUUUCAAGGACCUAGCAUUGGUGGGAGAGCAGAACGAAUAUCCUGAUGAAGAACGAAACUUUGAUGUCAAUUUAGAAAGUCUGAAGGAUUUACGAAUUAAGCUACAGUCAUCGUUUGAUUUCAAGCAUGAAGUGCCUUCUCUUGUUGAAGCAAAAAUUCAAGUUGGAUGGGAAGAUCUAAAUUACCCCAAACUCGAUGCUAAAAGAGUAUUUCUUGCUAGAGCUUUCAGUAUAAUGGCUGGUUUGACUCACAUUAGGUUCUUUCCUAAGUUGGAGACGCUCCAUUUGGAAAUUGUGAGUUUAAAUGCUGCUUUUCUGGAGGAAAGAAAAUCAAUUUGGGUGAUGAAUGUUGUGUCUGUCAAUGCUCCCUAUACACUUCCUCUCAUACUAGAUCAAGGUGUCAACCGUUCCCUACAUAUCCUCGAACAUAUGAUUUGCUGCAUGCAAAUGGGCUGCUCUCGCAUCUGUCUUCAUAGAGGUGCAGCAUGA